CUUUGCAUCCUGUUAGUUUCCUGGGCCCCAGGGCACCGGACUCCACCCUCUGCGUCCUAACACCUGGCGUCUGGGCGUGCCUCAGUUUCCCGGAGGCGGGGCAUCCUUCUAUGCCCGCUCCUCCCCUUGUUCCUCUUCCUCUUUGGGACAUCUGUGGCGCGCCUCGAGCACUCCCGGAACUGAAACGAGGUGCUGGGCGGUCGGGAGGCGGGGGCCACGUCAGCGGGGCCUCCCGGGUCCCGGAGGGCGCCAUGCGGCGGGGCGCGCUCCUGGCGGGCGCCCUGGUGGCCUACGCCGUGUACCUGGCGCUGGGCGCGCUGCUGGUGGCGCAGCUGGAGGGGCCGCACGAAGCCCAGCUCCGAGCCGAGCUGGAGAAGCUGAGGGAGCAGCUGCUACGGCGUAGCCCGUGUGUGGAGCCCUCCGCCCUGGACGCCUUCGUGGAGCGGGUGCUGGCGGCCGGACGGCUGGGACGCACAGUGCUCGCCAACGGUUCGGGGUCUGCCAACGCCUCGGACCCCGCCUGGGACUUUGCUUCGGCUCUUUUCUUCGCCAGCACGCUGGUCACCACCGUGGGCUACGGUUACACGACACCGCUGACAGAUGCAGGCAAGGCCUUCUCCAUCGCCUUUGCACUGCUGGGCGUGCCGACCACCAUGCUGCUGCUGACAGCCUCGGCCCAGCGCUUAUCACUGCUGCUGACCCACGCGCCCCUUUCUUGGCUGAGCAUGCGCUGGGGCUGGGACCCCCGGCGGGCGGCCCGCUGGCACAUGGUGGCCCUGCUGGGGGUCAUAGUGACCGUUUGCUUCCUGGUGCCGGCUGCAAUCUUCGCCCACCUUGAGGAGGCCUGGAGCUUCCUGGAUGCCUUCUACUUCUGCUUCAUCUCUUUGUCCACCAUCGGCCUGGGGGACUACGUGCCCGGGGAGGCCCCCAACCAGACCCACCGGGCCCUCUACAAGGUGCUGGUCACAGUCUACCUCUUCCUGGGCCUGGUUGCCAUGGUGCUGCUGCUGCAGACUUUCCGCCACGUGUCUGACCUUCAUGGCCUCACUGAGCUCAUCCUGCUGCCCGCUCCAUGCCCUGCUAGCCUCACUGAGAAUGAGGACGAUUGCGUGGACAUUCUGGGUCCCCAGCCGGAGUCACGCCAGCAACUCUCUGCCAGCUCCCACACUGACUAUGCCUCCAUCCCCAGGUAGCUGGGGCAGGUGCCAUGAGGCUGGAGGGCCCUGGCCUGGGACUGAGGAGCCCAUGUGAUGAGAGGUGAUCCUGCAGGAACAUCUGGGUGCACAGGCAGGUGUUCUGAGGCAUGGUCACCAACUGCCCGUCCUUUGUUUUACAGCCCCAGCUGUGAUGCCAGAGGACAGCACUUCCUAUUGCUGUGUCCUGGGCUCCACUGGGCUUCAACGUUACCUUGUUCUCCUCCUUUCCUUUCUCUUAUUCUCCAUCACACUGUGUACGUCUCUGGCUUUCUUGCCUUCUCUAUCUCUCCCUCUUACUGUUUCCCUUUUUCUCUCUCUUUUUUAUUUUUAUUUUGAGACAGUCUCAAGCUGUUGCCCCUGGGAAGAGUGCUGUAGUGUCAGAGCUAACAGCAACCUCCAACUCUUGGGCUCAAGGAUCCUCUUACCUCAGUUUUUUCUAUUUUAGUAGAGACAGGGUCUCUCUUUUGCUCGGAUUGGUCUCGAACUUGUAAGCUCAAGCAGUCCACCUGUGUCGGCCUCCCUGAGUGCUAGGAUUAUAGGUGUGAGCCACUGUGCCCGGCCUCCCCAUUUCUCAUUCUUUGUCACAUUCCAUCUGUCUCUCACUCAGCCACUCGCCACCUGCCAGUUCUACCAGGCUCUGGGCUCAGACCUCAUUUCAGACACUAGAUAGGCCACUACAUCCUGGACAAGUGACUGCCCCUCCCCGAGUCUUGAUGUCCUUAGCUGUCAAGUGGAAAGAAUAUAUUCAUUCAUCCCCAAAUCCCUCCAGUUAGCUGACCCUUUUCUAGACAGUGCAGAGUGGAGAUGGCCCUGAGCCCUGUCCCUCACAGGGCCAGCAGUCCAGUGAGGUAGACAGACCUGUCCCCAGACAGUGUCAGCCCCUAACGACCAGGACUCCAGAGGGGGAGGCAGAGUGAUCAGAGGUGUGAUGGAGAAAGCACAGGCAGCAUGGUCAGGGCUGAGGUGGGGGAGGCACAAGGCAUGUGCCCAAUCCAGUCUGGAAGGUCAGGGAGGGCUUCCUGAAGGAAGGGGCAACUGAACUAAGACCAGAAAUAUGAAGAGUAGUCAUGGGAACAGGUUGUACCUGCCUCAUUUUUCUCAAGUGUCUCCAGGGAGCAGAACCUGUUAGAGGAGCCCUGAGGUAGGCUUGGGUGGUAGAAUCCGCAGCAGCCCAGCAGGUAGGAAACUGACACAAGUCACCAGUCCAGAUCUGAUUUGCCUGGGAAGUGCUGCUCUUAGCACUAAUUAGAUGUUUGCACCGGGCUGUAGACCCGGUCUGCUUGGCCUCAAAUCCCAACUCAGCCAUGUCCUGCCUUGAGCAGUGACUCUACCUCUCUGGCUCCUUCCUUCUCUAACACGGUGGUCAUCAUAGUACUUCUUCAAACGAUGCCUUCACAGGCCCUGCAGUGUUAUUCUGUGAUGAUGCCUUUGGCCAGGGCUUGUUCUGGGUACUUUAUAUAUAAGGGAGAUAAUAUUAAUCAUCCCCUUUCUACAGGUGAGGAAACUGAGGCACAAAGAAGGGAGGUCCCUUGUUUUAGCCACAGACCAAGGAAGUGAAUGAAGGGACCUCAGUAUGAGCCUCCCUGUCAAGGCUGCACUCUCCAGCACGUGGUGUGGAGGUUACACACGGGAUGGGGGCAGUGGAGCCGCACCUUGAUGACAGACAGGAGAGGCAUGGGGAGGGCAUGCCAGGCAGAGGGACUGUGGGGAAAGCGUUUUGGUGGGAAAGCAGUUUACCGUGAUAGGAGUCUGGAGUAGAAGGGGCAGGAGGGUGGAGGGGUAGAUGUUGCCACACUUUAGUGCCCUUAAAUGAUAACCUUGAGAACUCGGCCUCUUUCCUGAGUGCAUUAGAGAGCUGUGCAAGGGUUCUUCUUCUUCCUCCUCCUUCCUCCUUCUUCCUCCUUUUUCCUUCUUCUUCCUUCUUCCUCCUUCCUCUUUCUUCCUCCUUCUUCGGCCUCUUUCCUGAGUGCAUUAGAGAG